GAUGAAACAACUGCCUAGCAGAUGACUGACCAAAUCUAACGGGUAGAAAAGUUCAGCUCGUCCUCGACAUGAAUUCAUAUCACGUUUUGGAGCUGGUGGGAGAGGGCUCGUUUGGUCGAGUUCACAAGGGAAGGAGAAGAUUUACUGGCCAAGUGGUGGCUCUGAAGUUCAUGCCAAAGGUGGGCCGCUCUGAGAAGGAGCUGCGAAGUCUCAAGAGGGAGAUUGACAUCAUGAGGGGUCUCCAACACCCAAACAUUGUCCAGUUGUUUGACAGCUUUGAGACUGAAACUGAUGUUGUGGUUGUGACAGAGUAUGCAGAGGGUCAGUUGUUCCAGAUCCUUGAGGAUGAUGGGAGUUUACCAGAAAGUCAGGUCCGUGAGAUUGCCUGCCAGCUGGUCUCAGCUCUGUAUUAUUUGCACUCUCAUCGCAUUCUUCAUCGUGACAUGAAGCCACAAAAUAUACUGCUGGGGAAAAGUGGGGUGUUGAAACUGUGUGACUUUGGGUUUGCAAGGGCCAUGAGUGUCUCCACAUUGGUGCUGACUUCUAUCAAGGGAACACCACUAUAUAUGUCCCCUGAGCUGGUGGAGGAGAAGCCAUAUGACCAUACAGCUGAUCUAUGGUCUCUGGGCUGCAUCCUGUAUGAGCUCCACACGGGGGCGCCUCCGUUCUACACUAACUCCAUCUUCCACCUGGUGCAGCUUAUUGUGAGAGACUCAGUCAGAUGGCCAGACACAAUGAGCGAUACCUGCACGAAUUUCCUGAAAGGUUUGUUAACCAAAGACCCUCAGAAGCGGUUGUCAUGGCCAGACCUCCUGCAUCACCCUUUUGUUGCUGAUGGUGUUCUAGUACUGUCAGACACAAAUGUUUUCAGCCCUCUGACGGUCACACCCAGCCCAGACCUGUUGGCACUGAAACGUAAACAAGUGGCAGCGAAGACAGCACCAACCUCUGGAGAGAGCAGAUUACUGCGAAAGGUUAGGGAACAGAGGGACAACAGUCAUGGAGGGAAACCAGUGAGCAACGACGGAAAAAAGAUUAACGGGGCGGAAAGUCAAAGAGCCAAUUCUGCACCAGCAGCAGCAUCCCGUAGAGUCAAGGCUCCCUCAAGUGACGUCUCUGUUACCUCAGGUCACUCAGUCAGGACAGCUGCUGAUCAAACCCUCAAUCCCAAUAAUCAAGCCCCUGUGAGAUCAAAACACAGGGGUCAGAUCAGCCAGGACUAUGAACAGGAGUUCCCCUCUGUAGAAGUUGGACCAGAACUACUACGAAAAUGCAAUGAGGACAGUCAGACUACACUAUGUAGACAGCAUGGUGACAGUGAGGAGUACUGGGAGAAACUGGUACAAGAAUCAGAUCCAACCAGGCAGCAGAAAGAUUUAUUAAACUACAGUGCCAUUAUUUCUGAACUAAAAUCUAAGGCUCUUGCUUUUAAAGAUCAGCUCACAGGUGGCGUUGCAAAAGAAGCGUGGCAGAUUUGCAGACAACUGAGGGUCUUACACAACCUGAUUCUGACCUCUGAUCUGGAGAAUUCAUACCACAUUGGCUGUGAGAUUGGACUACCCCAUGUCGUCUUUGACUUGGUCCAAGAUACUGUGGAAAACUCGCAUUUCAUCAAGCAACCAUGGAGUGUGCCAGCACUUGGAGAAAUGAUAAUUGUGCUGCUGACUUACUGGGAGAAGCACAGUGACUGGGUGGAUGAAGAACAUAGACUGGAAGAGUUCACCAAGCCCUUCAUCACAAUUCUCAACAGAACAGACCUCAAUCCUUUGGCACCGUUGGCCGCCUCUAUUUUAUCCAUGUUCACACAAAAUGAGGUUGAUGUCGAAGUUGAUGUAGACAAUCUAACCUCAUUGCUGAAACAUCUUCUUGUGGACUCAUAUGAGCUCCAGUUUUCACUACCCUCUGGCUGGGGACUCUGUGAUGGGCUCCUGUCUUUACUUCUACACACACUCUCUGAGCAUGAAAACGGCCCUAGAUCUUCCUGUUUAGAUCGAGUGAUGUUUCUGGAUCUAUGGAAAAGAAUAGGCACUUCAAUAGCAAGGACUCCACCAGACACACUCUUCUUUUCAGCAAAUGGGCUGCAUUCCUUUCUGUCUACUGUGCUGCUCGUCUUCACCAAGGAUCCACACUCAUGUAUUCCUCUGUUUUCUGAGAGCGAAUCAAAAAGUGUGUACACUCUCGGCCGGCUGCUGAGCACUGACUGCCUUCACUUGUUUGCUGAAGGCAGCCCUGGGAGACUUGAGGUGGAUUUGAGUCAUGACAGCUUGUCCGUGUUGAGCUGCCACUUGCUGUGCUUUCCUUUUGCCCUGGACCUGCCUUCACACACCAUGUCCAGGAUUCUUCAGUUGUAUGACAGCUGUGAUAUUGUUGCAGGCCUCCUACAGGUGAUUCGAACUCAUCCUCCUCCUUUGCUAGAGCUGCCUCUCUCCCUGCUGAGCCGUUUGCUCCUGUGUGAUCCCGAGCGCUCUGUUUCCCACCUCAGAAAAGCUGCUCUUGGCUUUUUCUCGCCACCCAGAGGCAGCCAGCUCACUGCUUCCAGACAUCAGACUGCACCAACAAGAACUGCCAGUUCUCUGCUCUCUGACUUGCUGCACUUGGAUGUGCUGUGGGACCCAGCUGUAGAGCUCAUAACUCUAUUAUCCCAUGUAGCCCGUUGUUCCCCUCACCCCACCUGCCUUCAGCUUUACCUGGAAGCCUCAGUGCUGCACCAGGCACUGGCUCACUCUUAUGACCAGAUCAGGGCUGCAACUUGCAGACUUUUGGGAAAUUUGGAUCCGUUUAGGCCUCAUACACUGCCCACCUUGCAACCUGAGAUUUUCAAAACCAUGAUAGACUGUCUUCAUGAUUCAUGCAUGCCGGUCCGGCGGAUGGCUUGUAGGGCAGUUGGAAACUGGUUGGGACAUAUUGCAGUGCGGGCAGGGUUGAAUAUGAGUCGGUCCAGUGGAAAGGGCAGUGACACCACAGGGUGGGGAAAAGAGAAGGGCAGAGAUAAACACAAAUGUUUACACCGUGGGGCAGGAGGAGACAUGGCUACUAUAGUAGAACAAAGUGUGGACAAUGAGGAAAAGAGGAGGUGGACAGAGGAGGCCAGGAGGACGGCAGCCAUGCUGGCAUCUCUGAUCACUGACCCUGACGCCCUCACACGUCGUCACUGUUGUGCAGCUCUGGGUAACCUGGUAAAUGUUGAUGGUGCUAUAUCCAUGCUGUUGGAGGAGGAUGUGUCCAGCUUACUUCUAAGAACUGCAUGCACAGAUUCCCAUAAUGCAGUGAGACAAGCUGCCAUAGCAACCCUAUGCCUGUACAGCCAGCAGGACGCUAUACGUCAGGUCCUGAUAUCCCUUGAUGCCAGUAAAAAACUUCUUCAGGCUUCACAACAUGCACCUCCACAGUGUGACUAUCAUCAGCUCAUUGGACAGCUGUGAGUGAGUCCAGACAGUUCACUUAAAAUGAUUGCAGAUUAAAAUG